GACGAGUAGAAAGAGUAUCACGAUGAAGAUGAGAUCGCCAACUGUACGGACACUGCAGGUCAUGCCAUCUACUGGCUAUCACACCCUUUCCCCACAAGCCAUGUGCCAUGAACUACUCGUCAUAUCCAUAUUAGCUUUAUAACGGAGGUUCGCCCAAUCAUAUCCAUAGAUGUCUUGUGUAUAAUUUUGACAGCUCUUGCGCAGUCAAUUUGUUGGCGGUAAUUGUAGGUAAAAGUAGGCACAUCGAUCAAACACUUACUCUUCAAUCUGUCCCGUAGCCGUACCCGUAACCACAUGCUGUACACCAAUCCCCAUCCCCAAAGCCUGGAGGUAUAAUUUUUUCAAGUUUCACGCACCCGCACUUUUUUCUUGGGGAUGAACGCAGGCAACAGGCCGCAGAAGAGGGGCGCGCUCUGGUUAGAAUCAAAUACACAAUUGGUCGACGUGAUUGUCGCACCUGUACUAAGCAGAAUGUUGAAUUCUUGGAGGCGUAGACCGGCUAGCGCGACCCCAAAAACUAUACCGACCACUCUCAAUUUAUUCCAGCGUGACACGAAGUGUACGCUUGGUUAACCCCGAGUCAUAUGUGUACAUCUAUCUUC